AUGUCAGAAGUUUUUUCAAUAGAAACACGAAGUCGAUCACGUUCAAAAACACCGAAUUUACUAUCAAGUGAAAACGGAAAACACGAUAAGAAAGGAUUAAAAAAGAUUCCCACCAUAAGUUUAAUUGAAGAAGAAGAUGACGCCCUCAAAAAAGUCUCAACAUCUCAAGCACCUCAAAGUUCGAGAGUGAAACGACAACGUCGCAGUGAAAAUGCAGCUUCAACAGCUUCAUCCAAUAUUAUUUCAGAAGCACUAAACGAGAAUUUCGAACAAACCAGUUCAAUUAAAUCAUCAGUGACUACUUUUACAACUGUUUCUCAAUCAGUUACAAGGACAGUCAAUGGAAAUGAAGAAUCAAGUGAAUCAAUCACAAAAUCCUCUUCUUCUAAUCAUGAUCCAUCAACAUCACAAAACAACAGCUUAUUUAAUAAUAUUUUCAACACAAUUAAAACAAGCACACCAAUCUUAUCAAGUAGACGUUCAAGACAAAUUGUCAAGACAAGGGGAGCUACCGAGUCAAAAAUAAGUGAAGCUGAUCAUUUAGCUUAUAAAGAGUAUAAAGAUGCUGGUGAAUAUUGGAAUAAAUAUCCAAAAACCGAUUACACUUACAGCGAGUUGUCACCACAUCGACGUGAGCUGGGCAAUGGCGUUGUCGGAAUGCCUAACAUGUCACGACAUUCACUCGAAAAAUACCAAACACGUGUUGAAAACAUGAUUCAAAAUAAUCCCAAUGAAGAAAGUUUCCUGAGAAGGAAAUUCUUAUCGAAAAUUAGCAACUCGAUGCAAAAGAACUCUGCUGAUCUUCAAUACGAUUCGUCAGAUGAAAUUGAUUUAGGAGUUGUCCACAACCGUCAUCAAGUGCUUAGAAAAAGUAACAAUGUUGUGACUCGCUUCUUUCUUAUGAUCAUCACAAUGAUUACCUCGGUUUACUCAAAGUUCACUCAAAGUUUGCGAAGAACAUUCUCGCUCGAUACAAAUGAAAGCUUUUCAUCUGUUCAUAAGAAACAAGAAAGUGGAAUAUUUUCAAAGAUCUUUAAUUCAAUUAAGCAGCUUAUUUUACUACCAUUUAGCAAAUUUUAUUUGUUGAUAUCAACAAUACUGUGUGUUGACACUUGGAUUCUUUAUUCUCACUCGGAGAGUCGUAAAAGGAAAUAUUUCUUGCUGCUUUUAUUAUUUUUAUUACCAUUUUUACUUCUCGCUUAUUGGCUUUUAUCUGAUGAAGCAUCUCAGCUUAUGAAAACAACUGAAUUUGUUGUACCAAACUUUCAUCAUUUGAAUGAAAUUUAUAAUAAUUUUGGAUCCAUUCGAGAUCGUAUGUGGAAUUUUGAUUUUAAUCUUGCAUGGCUUUGGUUACCAUUAACGUCAAUCGCAUCUGGAAUGAAAGGAUUUUUAUUUACAAAGAAUGUAAAAGAAGAUGUUAAGAUGGCAAUUGAUGAAGAUAAACUGCAAAUGUUAAUGGCUUACAUUGAUCGUUACAUCGAUACAGCAAUUGGGAAGAAGUUUAAAUCCAACAAUGAAAAGAUUUUGAAGGAAACAAAUGAAAAAGUUUUGUUGAUCAUCGCUGAUAAUGUUAAACAUUCGAUUAAUCAAUACCAUUAUCAAUUGAGUCCUGAGGAUAUUGAAGUGAUUGUUGGUAAAAUAAAGCAACAGUUUGAAAGUGAAUUGAAUGAAAGGGAAAAUUCAAUUUUAAGUAAAAUAAUUCCGAAGAACGAAGAAAUUAUUGUCAAGAAAGUGAAAGAAACUUUGAAUCUGAAACCAGAUAAACUUCAAUUUAAUAAUGAGAAUGUGAAUUUGGAUUUUAUUCUUCAGAAAGUCUUGAACUCAGACAAAUUAUUAUCUUUUAUCAAUGAUCAUCUUCAGCCAAGUUUAAUGAAACUUGAUCAUCAUGAAAGUGACAUUCAAGACCUUAAGUCGGACUUCAAUAAGUUUAAAUCGGAUGUGGUCGCGAGAUUUUCAAGCCUUGAUAUCGACAUUAAAAAUAAUCACGUCAGCAAUGACAAUCUUGUUAAUGAUUUCAUGAAAUUUAAGCUUGAAAAUGAUCAAAAUCUUCAAAAGUUGUUGCUUGAAAUUGAUCAAAAGAUGAUUUCCUUCGGUGAUUCUCAUUUUUCAUCAAUCGAUGCAAGUGUCAGAAAGAAUCUUUUGAAUAUUCUUGGCUUCAAUUUAAACGAUCAACAGAAUGAAAUGGACGAAGCUUCGAUUAGAAACUGGAUUAACAGCAUGUUCGUUGCCAAAAGUGAUUUGGAAAAGGAAUUAAAACAAAUCGAAGUAAAUGGUGAACGAGCUUUUAAACUUCAGUUAAAUGAGAAUGCGGGAAUUCUCAUGAAUAAAAUUAACGAAGAAAUAAAGAAACAAAUUACGAUCUCGUUUGAUGAACAAAAUACAGCUUCAAAGGCGAAUAUAGGAGUUUCGGGAACAUUAACAGAAGCUGAUGUGUUAAAAAUUGUAAAAGAUGUUCUUGCCGUUUAUGAUGCUGACAAAACCGGUCUCGCUGAUUUCGCAUUGGAGUCAGCUGGAGGUCAAGUUUUAUCGACACGAUGCACUGAAAAUUAUCAAAUUAAAAGUGCGGAAAUUUCCAUCUUCGGGAUUCCGUUAUGGUACCCAUCAAACACACCAAGAACUGUCAUAUCACCAUCAGUUCAACCUGGUGAAUGUUGGGCAUUCCAAGGGUUCCCAGGAUUUUUGGUUGUGAAAUUGAACAACAUGAUUAACAUCAGUGGAUUCACAAUGGAACAUAUUUCGCAAUCACUUGCUCCGAAUGGAAUUAUUGACUCCGCACCGAAUAAUUUCUCAGUAUGGGGUCUCACCACGGAAAUGGAUAAAGAUCCAGUGAACUUUGGCAAUUAUCACUACUCGGCAGAUGAAAAUGCUGCGAGUCUUCAAUACUUCCCAGUACAAAAUAGAGAAAUUAAUCAACCAUACCAAAUCAUUGAAUUGCGUGUUGAAUCCAACCAUGGAAAUCCAAGUUACACUUGUUUAUAUCGAUUUCGUGUUCAUGGGAACGUCGUGAAUCGAUAA